GUGCUUGGCCUUCGCUAUCGUGAUCAGCGAGUCCUUUGCGCGCAUCCUGCGUUUCUGCGGCGUGCAGGGGAUUAUGGCAACAUCGCAGGCUAUGGUUUCCAUGGCUGGGACGGCAGUCAAGAUGGCCUUUGUUGAUGCCUCGAUGACUUCGGCACAUCUUGAAAGAGAAGUUGCUUCGAAGGCCAAGGUCUGGGAUCCGACGGUGAAGGUGAAGUUCUACCUGAUCAGAGCCUACAUUCUCUGUUUGAAUCUUUUUCAGACGGGCACCAACAAGGAUGUGAAGUGGCUCACUGAUGCAGAUCAAGAAAUCACCGGGGAUUUUCAAACCUUCUCAAAGGUUGCAAAGACUUGUUUGACGACCGCAUUCAUCAAGGGUGUGCAGGAGGUGUACUUGCCUGCGAAACAAAGAUGUCAGUUAACCUGGGUGCCAGAGGUGAAGCAGGUUUCUUGCGUUUGUGAAUCCCCAGAAGCAUUCAACACGAUGUCCCCUGUUUUGGUUGCUGAUUCCCAUGGAUGGAUAAUAGCCAAAGAUGAUAGCUCAUUCACACUGCAGUUCCAUGACCUCCCGUCGACCAUGGAUGUGGAAGCUGACCUCACACAAAAGCACUUUGUGGUCGAUCCACACCAAGUCGCAGACCAGCUCACAAACUACUGGCAGCCCUUGUGGCAAAACACACAUGAUUUGUCACCUGAUGAACCAUGGCCAGAAUUUGAAGCAUUGGUGAAUCUUUUGCCAACACCACCAGAGGCUUUCGUUUUUGACAACUCGCUUCCAGCGUGGAAGCAUGCCAUAAGAAACAUCAAAGCGUCUUCUGGCAGAGGUUUCGAUGCAGUGUCAGCACAGGAGCUCAAGGACAUACCGGAUGAGCUGGUGCAGGAUCUGAUAGUUGUCUGCAAAAGCUACAAGCAAGGCUUUCCUUCCUGGUUCAUGCGUGCACGGGUUUGUUCCCAUGAUGCCGCAUAUGCCAUGCAGAUCGAACUCGAAAUUGCCCAUGUUUUCUCCGAGCACCUGGCGGGAGUGACAUUGGACAUUAAAAAGUGUUUUAACUGCAUUCGGCACGAGUGCGGCCGCCGUUUGCUGCUUGCACUAGGUUUGCCAAGUGACCACAUCAACCAGUUCUAUCAAAGCAUCUUGAAAAUGGGUCGAUUCUGGGAGGUUGACGGCCAAUGCUUUGGCCCAAUCUUUGCCUCAUGUGGAUUUGCUGAAGGGGAUUCUCAUUCGGUACUAAUCAUGUUGGCAAUUGCACUCCUUUGGUGGAUGACUAUCAAAGCCAAUACCAGUAGCAGUAUCAGAGCCUCUGCAUACGCAGACAACUGGACAUGGAUGUCGGCCCAGAUCAACGACCAUGGUCCGGCCGCUCUUGCAACUAGUAGAGUUACCCAACUUUGUGGUUUGUCCAUAGGCUGGCUCAAAACAUGGUUUUGGGCAACUUCCAGCUCUACAGCAAAAAAGACUUUGGAGUCACUGAAGGAUGCGCCGCCAGGAGAACAAAUCCAGCGCAUGCACAAUGCUAAAGACUUGGGUUUCCAGCUGCACUAUUCCGGAUGCAGAGAACUUGGUCACAGGAAACAGCGUUUUGAGUCAGGCCUUGUGCGGUUGUCCAAGCUUGCAGGAUUGCCGCAUGAACUUUCCACCAGAGAGCAUGUCUUGCAAACCAGUAUCUACCCUGCCGCUUUUUACGGCACUGAAAUUUUUCCCGUGUCCAUUGAUAUGUUGGCCAAGGUGCGUUCAGUUGCGGCAGACGCGUUGUUGGGGCACUCACCAAGCAUGUCACCGGCGAUCCCACUUUUUCUGACAAACGGCGCCAUUUUGGACCCAGAAUACUAUGUAAUCCUGCAGGCAAUGCGAACGGCCAGGUACAGCCAGUACUCUUUGCCGGAUAUUUCUAGAGCAGACACUAUUGCCAUUUUAAAAAAAAUCCAUGACCAUGAGCGCAGGCAGCUUUUGCGCGAGCUAGCUGGCGCUUUCCAGCUGGAGGGCCAAAAGCAGCAUUGGGCUGCUGAUGCUGAUGGCAAGUGCAUGUUCUGUGGCGACAGUGAUAGCAAAGAGCAUAGACUUUAUCACUGUCCUGCGUUCCAGGAGACCAGGGAACCUUUUACAGAAGUGUUAAAGCGUGUGGAGGAAGAAGGUCUGUGUUUCAGCGAUAUGGCAGUCAUACACAUGUCUCCAGAUAACGAGAUGCACCAUCUGUUACAUUUCCAACAGCCACUACCCAUAAUACCUCCUGAAAUUCUGACGUUUGCCAAUAAAAGAGCCAAAACAGGACAAAAAUAUCACAUCUACACAGACGGUAGUUGCCGUCACCCAUCUCACCCCACCACAAGAUACGCGGCAUACGCGGGCGUCAUUGAUACCGCUGAGUGCGAUCAGCAGAGGCGAAUUUUUGCAGACCAGUUUUUGUGCACUGGCCAAUGGCCACCAUCACUUGUCCCUUGCUUUGCGGCUAGAGUAAAGGGAGAACAAAAUGUGAACAGGGCGGAACUAGCUGCAAUUGCAACAGCAGCACAACUACCAGCGGGUAUCAUACACAGUGAUAGCCAGUAUGCCUUGACCCAGGCGGCUAAAGUUGUCAGAGAAGCCAGCACUUUUCAUAACAUGUCCAAUGCUGAUCUCCUGUGGGAUCUGAAACGUUUGGACUUUGACGUUGCCAGGCUUUGCAAAAUUAAGGCCCAUCAGCAGUUUGACCAUAUCACCGAUUUGCUUGAAUUAUACCAUGUCUUGGGAAAUGCAAUGGCAGAUCAGACAGCAGGUGAAACUUGUGAGAACCUUCUCAAGCCAUGGCAGCAGGAACUUCAGAAGCAACACGAAUCAGUCCAAACAGCACGGGAUUUGCUUUUCCAUGUGUACCAAUUGCAACUUGCCCUGUGCAAGGCACGUAGCCAGGCGGCAGACCUUUUGCAUAGACAGGAACAGGCAUCCGUCCCGCAGAAUGCCAAGUUGGAUCGUGCACCCGCCGUUAGAGCUGUCCAACAGUGGAUGCCAUAUGAAACACAGAGUUUGGUUUUCCCUGAUGACUUUGAAGAGUGGCAGGAUAGUUUUUCUUGGGGACGGGAUUUAGCUUUGCAACUUGUAACAUGGAUGAAACUCCUUUCCUGGCCAUCGCAUCCUCAAGGACCUUUUGAGAAAGAGGGGGGAAUUACAUGGUUGGAAUUGUCAGUUUCUUUCAGCAUGUUUAUUCAAAAAGCUCUGCCUAUUCUAAGGACUAACAGCUCCAAGCAAGUUAGACUGUUGAUGGUUGAGGACUCACGGGAUGUCGCAGCACACACAGUUACAAUGUCUGACAUGGCGGCCACUUUUCAGAAGAUGUGGUCGCAACUUCAGAUAUUUUUGCCCAAAAGUGCGUUCCCGCAGUGUGGAAGAGGACUGCAAACCAGUUUGUAUAUCCAAGGUUUUCAACAGAACUCCAGUGGCUUGUCUUUGAGACCCGCGUAUCCUUUUCAAGCAGAAGUUGCAACUUUUUUGGCCCCUAGGUUGGAAGGUCGAUCCAACUAUGACAUACAAUUUGACGCACAUUGGUUGAAACAGCGUGAAGGUGAGUUGCAGGACCAUGACUGGACCGCCUUGAAAGAUCGUCUGAAAUACAGAAAACGUGUGAAACAGCGAGGCAGGGGAUGA